CACCGAUCGGCUCUCACCCCUCGCAGAGGCGCGCUCCACAGCACAGCACUCGCCGCCCAGCCACGCCCGCCCGCCAGCCACGAUGCUAGGAAGCAAGCGACUGGGGCUGUCCGGACUGACCCUCGCCCUGUCCCUGCUCGUGUGCUUGGGUGCUCUGGCCGAGGCCUACCCCUCCAAGCCGGACAACCCGGGCGAGGACGCGCCGGCGGAAGACAUGGCUAGAUACUAUUCUGCGCUGCGACACUACAUCAACCUCAUCACAAGGCAGAGAUAUGGAAAACGAUCUAGCCCUGAGACACUGAUUUCAGACCUUUUAAUGAGAGAAAGCACAGAAAAUGUCCCCAGAACUAGGCUCGAGGACCCUUCCAUGUGGUGACGAGACACGAAACCUGCUCUCCAGGCUUUUCCUAUUUUCAAUGCAUAUUUCAUCCUGUAAAACUAAGAGACUUCCUGUCCCACCAAUGCAUGCAGCGAUUGUGCUGAAUUUUGCAAUGUUUUUCUUUGUCAUCAUUGUACAUAUGUGUGUUUCAAUAAAGUAUCAUGCAUUCGAAAGUG